UGCUGCAAAUGCAAUUGUACUUUCCAUGAAUAUGGAGAAAAAACCUCAAACCUGGUUUUCCACGUAUACAAAUACCAGCCUUUCGGAAACAGCUGCGCCUUCCCAAAAACCCAGCGGCUCUUUUCCUCCACGUAUCUCUCCACACCACCGCCAAACCCACUAUAAAUCCACCCACCCCUCCCCUUUCUCUCUCUACAACCCCAAUCCUUUUCUUUCUCUCCCCUUCACUACCAACAAUGCGUAUGAGCUGCAAUGGAUGCCGAGUCCUUCGUAAGGGCUGCAGUGAAAACUGCAGCAUCCGCCCCUGUUUGCACUGGAUCAAGUCGCCGGAAUCUCAAGCUAACGCCACCGUGUUUCUCGCCAAGUUCUACGGCCGUGCCGGUCUUAUGAACCUCAUCAACGCCGGCCCUGAACACCUCCGCCCUGCAAUAUUCAGGUCACUACUGUACGAGGCAUGUGGUCGGAUCGUGAACCCAAUAUACGGGUCGGUCGGGUUGUUGUGGUCGGGUAGUUGGCAGCUUUGUCAAAAUGCAGUGGAGGCUAUUCUUCAAGGGCAUCCGAUCACCCAAAUAGCAUCCGACACAGCGGAAACAAACAACGGGCCACCUUUUAAAGCGUAUGACAUCCGUCACAUAUCAAAAGAUGAGAACUCAGCCGGGUCGAACGAGCUUCACCGGGUCAGAACCCGGGGCCGGUUCAAGCGGUCGGGUGGAAAAGGGAAGGCGAGUCGGGUUUGGAUCGGGUCGAGGGAGGAGGAGUCGGGUCAAAACGAGAAUGUUAAUGAGUUGUCGAGCCAUGAGUCGGCUCUGAGCCAUCAGUCGGAGGUGGCGCAAGGUGAGAGCCAUGAGGUGGUGGAGGAAAGCUUGGAGACUUCGCCGAUGAAGAAGCCGGCUGAGAGUGAAGCCGAGGUGGUGGGGAAGAUAGAGCUUGAGCUGACGCUGGGUCAUGAGCUGGUUGAUAAGGCUAAAAGUAAAGAGGUGGCUUGUGAGAGUUCUGAAGCCGGAGCCGAUCUGAAGCUGAGGCUAGAUUACCCGGCGUGAUGGUGUUAUGUUCGGCGGCUCAGUUUUGACGGAUGAAUCGAUGUCUUUUAGUUUGUUUUAUUUUUAGCUUAGUUUUGCUUUUUUUUUUUCCCCUUUUUUUAGGGUCUUUUAAGUUUUAGUUUUGCCGUGGUUGGGUUUAUUCCUUUUUCCCUAGUCAAGAAUCAUGUACAAAUUUGUGAAUGGUAUCGGGAUAAAAGAAAAGGAGAAUAUAGACCAUGUUUGGUUAAACUAAUGAAAAGUUAGAUGGUUUUCUUUUAACAAA